GACGCCUUCCAUCUGCGCGUGCGCGCCCAUCCGUUCCACGUCAUCCGCAUCAACAAGAUGCUCUCGUGCGCGGGCGCCGAUCGCCUCCAGACCGGCAUGCGCGGCGCCUUCGGAAAGCCCCUCGGCACCGUCGCUAGAGUUAAGAUUGGCCAGACUUUGCUCAGUGUACGCACCAAGGAGCAGAAUAAGCCACAUGCCUUGGAGGCCUUGCGUCGCGCAAAGUACAAGUUCCCGGGUAGGCAAAAGUUGUUCACCUCGAGCAAAUGGGGUUUCACUCAGUUUUCGAAGGACGAGUACCUGGAGCUCAAGGAGGCUGGCAGGAUUAUCCCCGACGGCUCGUAUUGUAAGGUUCUUAACAACCAUGGGCCGUUGCUCCUUGACUAGUCGCACUUUCUAGUCAACCACUCGUAAAUCCUGGCCCGAGUCCCUAAUCCCGUACAAUCUUAA